AUGGAGCUGCCCUGCCUGCCCCCCGAAACCCCCACCACAGCCAGCUCCUGCUCCACCGACCCCCUGUACGACAACUGUCUACCCCAUGCCGGGAGAGGGAGGGAUAGAGGGUUUAGGGAGAUGGAGAAGGAGAGAAAAAGGGAAAGUGGGGGACUUUGCAACCCUGCUGUAACUGGAAUCCUUCACCCCUCCUCCCCCCCUGGCCUGGCCCCAGCUGCAGCUGUGGUUCCCACACUGGGAAGGGGGAGAGAUGGAAGAGGAGGGGAGAGAGGGGCUGGCGUGCAGCCAGCUCACAGUCACUGCAGCUGGGGAGGCCUGGGAAGGCAGGGCUGGGACAUGGGGACAAACAGAGGAGAGAGAGGACGAGAGAGAGGAGGGAAUACGGGAGUGCAGGAGGUGGAGAGCGUUCGGCAUCAGCAGAGCCCCAGCCCGAGCGACGGAGACACACACGAGAGCGCUCUUUCCGUCUACGACAACCUCCACGCCGUGACCCCCACCGAGGACGCUGCCAUGGAAACCACUGUGACCUUCCCCACGCCCCAGCGUUUCCUGAGGAUCCCAGUGCCGGUCUCUGUGUUGAUGGAGGAUGGAGGGGUCAGCGGGGAGAGUAGCUCCUGGUCUUCCUGUGAAAUCCUCCUUGCAGGGAGCAGCGCCAGCAAUGGACCAGACCAGUACCAAGACCUGGACCCAGAACCGGACUUCAACCAGGACGAGCCCAUGUUCCAACUCCAGCCAUUGAUCCAACCACAACCCCAUCGACCAGAUAACUUCUCCCAUCUCCAGCCCCUUGUCCCACCUCUACAGGCUUCUGCCACCCAUCCAGUAGAGCCUCUCCAGCCUUCUGGUCCGAUCCCUGUACCUGUCCCUGGGGCCCGGGUUCCCCCUCCCCUGCCUUUGGCAGACCCCUCAGCCAGCGCCCUCCGCAGCCUCCUCACCAGCCUCCAGCAGCAGAUAGCCAGACAGAGAGAGGAGUAUGAGGAACGCAUACACAGUCUGGAAGAGAGGAACGAGGCUCUCCAGGUAGAGGUGUUUGACCUCAGGGCCAACCUGGCUCAGCAGAGGCGGUGGUACUCUGUGGUCCAGGCUAAGAUCUUGGAGUCAGAGAGGGGCCGGGCUGCAGCAGACCUCCGAAACACAGCCCUGCAGAGGGAGAUGGAACAGUUCUUUGACACCUUCGGAGAGCUCAACAACGAGGCCAAGAAGACGGAGAAGAUUGUCAGGAGUUUCUGAGACUGACCUUUGGCUGAGGGGUGUGUACUGUAUGUGCUGAGGACGUGAAGUAUGUAUGAUGAGAUUGGAAGUGAUAAGACAACUGUCUUUAAACUAAGACUAUUUACACAAUCUUUAAGGCCAGCUGGAGAGGAAACAUUUGAGUAUGAAGCGCUGCCUUCAGGGAUUCUAAUGGAUUAUGGAAUGGUUAAUUAUCAGAAAUGUGCAUAUUCAUAAGCUACGGUAUAUUGUCCAUGGAUUCAGACCACGGGCUCAUAGACCUUUAUCUUGCGUCAUGUUUGGCUCAUCUUUGAUGAUUAUAUCACACCUCUAUUAGCACUUUCUAGUGCUGGGUCGGGAUCUGGAACAGCCGAUUUGCCAGUUCGGUGGGGGAA